AUGAAAAAGUCGACUCUCGCAUAUGUGAUUGAUCAAUGGUCGGUGGUGCUCUCAGUGGAGACAGCUGAUCUAUCUGGGAAAACAGUUCUCGUCGUCGGUGCCAAUGUAGGCAUUGGACUCGAGGCGUCAAAACACUUCGCCCGUAUGCGACCAGCGCGGUUGAUAAUUGCCUGUCGUAGCGAGGCUAAGGGGAAGGUCGCUUUGGCUGAAAUCGAACAAGAGACAAGAUACAAUGGAUGCGAGCUCUGGACAGUCGACCUUGCCAACUUUGCAUCAGUCACCGCAUUUGCUGAUAGAUUCGAGAAGGAGGGCGGUGAUUUGCAUAUACUGGUUAUGAACGCAGCGAUCGCGUUGCCCCAUUAUCAACCCACCGCUGAUGGCUGGGAGACCAUACUACAAGUCAAUUAUCUAGCAACAUCAUUGCUUUCGUUGCUCCUCAUUCCGCAACUAGUUGCUGCGGGGAGAAAGUCUUCAACACCUUCACGGAUGGUAAUUGUAUCCAGUGGUGUCCUCUACUGGCUCACACCCGCAAAAGAGAUCAAGACUUCCUCGAAACCCCUUGAAACGCUGAGCAGCGAAGAGUGGUGCAUCCCCGAGCACAUGCAAUCCCGGUAUCAAGAGUCAAAGUUGUUCAACCUCUUCUUCGUUCGUGCCUUGGCGAACAGGUUGCAAUCCGUCACACCACUGACUGCCGUAGCCGUGACGCCAGGAUUCUGUUAUUCACAACUACGUCGUGCCUGGUACGAGAAACCGACCUUUUCAUUUGUCAAAAUAGCGCUCGCUAUUCAGGAGCGUCUCCUGGCGUGGACGGCUGAACAAGGCAGCCGUCAGCUCGUAUUUGGGGCGGUGGGCGGACGAGACGAUGAAGAGAAUAUGAAAGGCGGAUUCGUAAGCCGUGGUCGCCUUGUGGAGGUCGCCGACUUCGUGCUGAGCGACGAGGGUCAUGAAAUGCAGGACACUGUCUGGACCUUUCUAACAUUUUCCAUCAGAAAGAGACGAUAG